CUCACAGGUCUUUCUCCACCAUUCAAAGUUCCUUCAAGUAUAUACCAUAUCAAUCAUAUCUCACACACACAUACAUGCAAACGUUUUUGUACGUCAACAUCUCACCCAACCCUAGUUUCCCUCUUAUCACCAACACUCACACACACAACAAAUCAUACAAAAAAUAAAGACAUAUAAACAUAGUCAUCACUUGCACAAAAAUGUCCAAAACACCCCUUUCUUUCACCAUCUUUCUAAGUCUCACUCUAUUUUUCUUUCCCUCCAUCACAGCCUCCUCCAUCACAGACAGAUACCUCUAUGGCGGGUGCACCCAACAAAAGUACACUCCAAACUCGCCCUACGAGUCGAAUCUCAACUCGAUGCUCACCUCGCUGGUCAACUCGGCCACCUACUUGUCCUACAACAACUUCACCAUGGUAGGCGGCAGUCAGCAGGACGUCAUCUAUGGCCUAUACCAGUGCCGUGGCGACUUGUCCAUGCCAGACUGCGCCACCUGUGUUGCACGCGCUGUCACAAAAGCUGGGGACAUGUGUCGCGGCUCUUGUGGGGGUGCAGUGCAACUGGAUGGAUGUUAUGUGAAGUAUGACAACGCCACGUUUUUGGGCGUGGAGGAUAAAGUGGUAGUGUUGAAGCAGUGUGGGCCCUCCGUGGGCUAUAACCCAGAAGGGAUGGGUAGUAGGGACGCCGUGCUGGGUGGACUCGCGGGCUCUGGUGGGCCCUUUCGUGAGGGAGGGUCCGGAGUAGUCCGCGGUGUAGCUCAAUGCAUGGGGGACCUUAGCUACGGAGAGUGUCAGGAUUGUCUCUCCGAAGCUAUAACAAAGCUGAAGAGCGACUGUGGGACGGCGGACUACGGGGACAUGUUCUUGGGGAAGUGUUAUGCGAGGUAUUCUAUUGGUGGAGCCCAUCAGGCCUCCAAGGCCCAUGGAAAAUCCGGUAAAGGAGGCGAAAGAACAUUUGCUAUGGUUAUUGGAAUAUUAGCUGGAGUAGCAAUACUCAUUAUUUUCCUUGCUUUCUUGAGCAAAAUUUGUGGACGGCAAGGAAAAUGAAGUAAUAAAUUGAAUUUGUCAUAAUCAAUUUUCACUCAGCGCUCGUGGCAUAGGCCAAUUCUCGGUCUCCAAUCUCCAUCAUCCAUUUGCUUUUUGAGCCUACUUCUUUGCUUUAAUUUCUUUCAUUUUUUUCCUUCUAAUAAUUUCUUUAUUUGUCACUACCUUUACUAUGCACAAUUUUAAAUUGAAUCCAAAAGAGGACUUUGAACCUUGAGGAUGAUACCACUUGAAAAGGAAUGUUGAAUUGGGCUCCUUUAUUUGAAUGUGAAAUGAAAGAGGAACAAAAGCAGGCUGAGAUUCUAACUCUA